AUGGGAUGCCAUCCUUACCAGAAGAUUGCUGCUUGCUUCAAACUGCUUGCCACCGCCUGCACACCUGAUUCUCUGGACCGAGAGUUUCGUAUGUCUGGCUCUGUCAUUAUGGAAAGCUUCAAGCAUUUCAUCCAGGGUGUGGUUGACCUCUUCGAACAACGCUACUUACACAGCCCAAAUGAGACCGAUAUACAGGCCUUGCUGCAGGUUGCUGAGGACAGAGGGUUCCCAGGAAUGCUUGGAAGCUUAGACUGUAUGCAUUGGGUAUGGGAGAACUGCCCUGUUGCCUGGCACGGUGAGCACCGAGGACACACACAGAAGCCAACCAUUAUACUGGAGGCUGUGGUCGGGCCCGACCUAUGGUUUUGGCACGCCUUCUUUGGUCUCCCUGGGUCACUAAACGAUAUCAACGUUCUCCAUAGGUCCCCUGUUUUUUAUGACCUCGCCUCUUGUAAUGCCCCUGCUGUCAACUUCACCGUGAAUGGUCACCAUUACGACAUGGGGUACUACCUGGCAGAUGGCAUAUACCCGGAUUGGGCGACACUAAUCAAAGGAGUUCCUAGUCCAGUUACUGAGAAGCAGAAGCUCUUCACUUUAAAGCAGUCUGCUUACAGGAAGGAUGUCGAGCGAGCAUUCGGUGUGCUACAAGCAAAAUUUGCAAUUGUCAAAUGUCCUGCCAGAAUGUUCAUGGUAGCAGAUUUAAAGAACAUCAUGAGUUGUUGUAUUAUCCUGCACAACAUGGCAGUUGCGGACGAGCGAGGACUUCCGCUGGCGACCAUUGACGACUUCGAAGAUGCCACUGCACCUGUACUUCUCCCGAGGAACGUGCUAAGCAUACAGACUUUGAUAGCAAACCACAAAAAAAUCGAAGAUCGAGGCAUGCAUCACCGGCUGCAGGAAGACCUCAUGGAGCAUGUGUGGAACGAGUGUGGCAGCACCUGGGCGAUUGGACCUGCACUUACUGCAGGGUGA